UGUUGUUGUUUCCGAUCGUCACGGCUCCAUCGACAAAAAAAUUGUUUACUGUUUCAAAAGGAAUUGUUUUUGAAAAUUCUCGCAACUAUCUUGCUGUUGAGCAUUUUUCUGGUGCUAUAACUACACAAUGAGUAGCACCUAUUUAAACGUAGAAUUUUUGAACGAUAGUGAUGAUUCCGCGGGACCUGAAGAAUCUGAAAAUAAACAAACCGAAUAUGCGGAAGCGUGCCCGGGAUCAUUCAAGGCAUUCAGCAAUGUUUCUGAUCCUCUGCGUAGCCUUUUGGCUGAUCCUUUGGAGCUUGAAAGUAGCCGAUUCGAUCUAAACCAAAACCAAAUUGAUAUGGACCUCGGUAUGAACGAAAUUAUCCCGGACGCAUCAGCUCUUAACAAUACUCCUGACGACGAGUCUUUCGCUGCUGAUUUGACCGAAAGUGUGUUUUAGUUUAAAGCGGAUUUUUGUCGGAAAUUCUUUCGAAGUCAAUUACGCCCGAAACAGAUCACUUCAGAAGAUGUCGCAGGAAAUUCGGUGGAAAGUGUUCUCCGCUGCAUCUGGAACACGGCAAAACAUCAGAUCAAUAGGAAGGUAAUUGUAGCAAACGCAUUACUUAGAACUUGACAAUAUAGUCAUUCAGCAACUCAUUUAAUAUUGUUCUUAUAAAAGGAAUUAGAAUAGAUUUAAUAAUCGCAAUAGGUUCCCUUCAUAGAGGAGAUUGCUACAUAGAUAAUCCCCGACCGACCCUUCGUGCGGGUGCUAGAUUAGAAGCAGGUAUAGAAUAUCUAGAUCCGUGCGAGUGCACUGAUCGUAAGCGGUCUAUUUUCUCAGUCUGUUAGGUUUAGCCAGCGUCAAUGACUAUGUGAAUUAUGGCCGGACAAUGCUCAAAGAAAAGGGCGAUAAGUCCUAUUAUCAGCCGGCGCGUCUGCGUACGCAUUAUCAUCUUAAGUAGGGAAAUAGGGAAUGCAAAUCCGGUGCUUUGUAAAACAUUGUAACUACCUGAAUGAAUGUUGUCGUAGGCGCGUGUAAAGAAAGCCGAUAACGUUCGAAACCUUUUUCCCGUUCAGGUACCGGAUUAGGGGAAGGCAAAUUUGACCUGACUAGGCGAAUGGAAAUUCUGUCGCGUUCUUAUUUGUUCCCUUACGAAGAUUCGGAGAAUCUUCUCUCUCAUUUUCUUUUCCAUACGUAGGCAUAGUUCGUAAGAUUACAAUUUGUAAAUUUUUGUAUAUA